AUGUUCCCGCUGUGCCGAACUUGUGCAGAGGAGACGAACCAGAGUCCCUGUACUCAUACGGAAGAGAAAAGAGCUUUGAUAGGAACGUGGGUCACCGAAGAGGUGAAACUUGCUAUAAAGAAAGGCUAUCGUAUUACACACAUCUACGAGGUGUACGAUUUCGAAAAGAAGUCGGAUUCCCUUUUUAAGACGUACAUCGACCUCUUUUUAAAAAUAAAACAAGAGAGCAGCGGUUGGCCAGCAGAAUGUGUAACAGAUGCAGAUAAAGCGAAUUACAUUUCUAUGUACAAGCAAAGAGAAGGAAUUCUGUUAGAUGCAUCAAGUAUCCAAAAGAAUCCAGGAAAGAGGCAGGUUGCUAAACUAGCGCUUAAUAGCUUCUGGGGACGGUAA